AUCGAAUUGGCAACAACUGUUAUGGGCAGGGCUAGCACCGCGGCUAAACAUUGAAUGUUUUUAUUUACUAAUUAUUUUUUUACGUUAUGCUAGUUUGUAGUUUUUUAACCAUCAUUUGAUUCAUAUUAUCGCUGGUUGGUAAAGCUUACAGAUAGCACCAGCCAUGGCAUCUAUAUUCAACCUUUAUGUUGCAUUCUCUCUUUUAACUAUAAUAAGCUGUGCAGAACCUCCAGUUGUUCCUUUCCCUCCUACCAUGAUUAAGCAGCCUCCACAUGAGCAACUGUAUCAAGUAGCAAUGACACAAGAUGAAAAAGAUAACCCUUUUAUGUUGGAAUGUGAAGCACAAGGAAAUCCUGAACCUACAUAUCGAUGGAUGAAAAAUGGUCUGGACUUUGAAUAUGUUGCUUAUGAUAAAAGAAUAAGUCAACAACCUCGGAGAGGAACUUUAGUUUUUACAAAGCCUGAAGAUAUUGAUGAAGGAUUGUAUCAGUGCUAUGCAACAAAUCGUUUUGGAACAUCUGUUUCAAAUGCAGUUUUCUUGAGGAAAUCUGAACUAAGCUCCUUCUUGGAUGUUGAAGCUAAAGAAAAAGUUGUUAAUGAAGGAGACCCUUUAACCUUAAACUGUAAUCCUCCCACUGGAUACCCACGUCCAACCAUAUUUUGGAUGAUUCAGUCAUAUACAGGAUCUCUAAGGACAAUAAACAGCUCUCGCAUUACUGUUGAUCCUGAAGGCGACCUCCACUUUUCAAAUGUAACACUUGAAGAUGAUCUUGACGAAGCUAUGUAUGCUUGCAGUGCAACAUCUAAAUCCCGUAACGAAUAUAAAUUUGGAAACAAAGUAAUCUUAAAAGUUGACCCAUCAGGAGGUUCUGGUCAAGCAAGCCAUCGACCUGUGAAGCAAUAUGUUUCACCUCCAAAUAUUGUAGCUUUAAAAGGGAAACAAUUGGAAUUAAGUUGUAUAUUUGGUGGAACUCCUUUACCUGAAAUAAAGUGGAGCAAAAGAAGGAGUGAAAUGUAUUCCAACAAGUAUACAUAUACAAAUUAUGGAAAAACCUUACAAAUUAGAAGUGUAGAUUUUGAUGAUGCUGGAACAUAUGAAUGUGUUGGGAGCAAUGGUGUAGGAACUCCUAUAACUCAUGCUGUGACUAUUGAUGUACAUGCUAUACCAUAUUGGAUUACAGCUCCUAACAACACUAACGCUGCUGAAGAAGAAACGGUGAAGUUCGUCUGUGAUGCACGUGCUUAUCCUGAACCUAAGCUACAAUGGCUUGUCAAUGGAGAACCUAUUGAAAAGGCACAAACGAAUCCUAGACGAAAAUUAGAAGGCAAUAUGAUGAUCAUUGAAAGACUUGAGAAGUCAGAUACUGCAGUUUAUCAGUGCAAUGCAUCAAAUGUUCAUGGAUAUGCCUUUAAAGAUUUUUAUUUAAAUGUGCUAGCUCUUCCACCCACAAUUACUGAAGAACCAGCACCCUUGACAAAAGCCGUUGUUACUUCUCUCGUUACUCUAACCUGCAGAGUGUUUGGAGCACCCAAGCCUGAAGUGCGUUGGUCUAAAGAAGGUCAAGAAUUGAGUGGUGGGCGAUAUCAGGUUCUGGAUAAUGGAGAUUUGCAAAUUUCUAAUGCAUUGAAAACGGAUGAAGGAAUGUACAUAUGUUCUGCAAGCAAUAAACUUGGAGAUACUCAAGCUCGUGGAAAAUUGGAGGUCAAAGGUAAAACCAAAAUUACACAGCCACCUGAAAACUUUGAGGUAGCUGCUGGUAGUUCAGCUACUUUCAGGUGUAAUGCAGAAGCAGACACAAGUUUAGCUUUGAUUAUAAAGUGGCUAUUUAAUGGACAACAAAUAGAUUUUGACCAAGAUCCACGUAUUGUUCAAGCAUCAGACAACUCAUUGACAAUUUCAAAAACACUAGAAUUAGAUUCUGGUAUUUUCACGUGUGUCGCUCAAACUGAAUUGGAUCAAGAUGAAGCUCAAGCAAUUCUCACAGUUCAAGAUGUCCCCAAUCCUCCUCGCAUCGUAGAAGUUCAUUGUGAUGGUCUCUCUGCUAUGGUUAUAUGGAAACCUAUGGGUGACAGAAGAGCUCCAAUUUUAAGCUAUUCUGUGCAGUAUAAUACUUCUUUUACUCCUGAUACAUGGGAAACUGCUUUUAAUAAUAUCCCAGGAGCUGAUACUCGUGUAAAGGUUGAAAUGAGUCCUUGGGCAAAUUAUACAUUUAGAGUAAGAGCACGAAAUAAGAUAGGACCCAGUGAGCCAAGUGGACCAUCACAUCAUUGUGCUACUCCUGAAGCUGUGCCAUAUAAAAACCCUGAUAAAGUUAUGGGACGAGGAACUCAGCCUGAUAACUUAGUGAUAUCAUGGACGCCAAUGCCAUUAAUUGAACAUAAUGCUCCAGAAUUCUUCUAUAAAGUUUUUUGGAAACGGGAUGAUGAUCCUACAUCUACUUGGAAAUACGAGAAGAUAACUGAGUGGCGACAAAAUCAAUUGGUCGUAGAUUACCAACCAACAUUCAAACGUUAUAGAAUCAAAGUUGAAGCCCAUAAUCGUCGAGGGCAAGCUCCUGUUGCCCCUGAAGUCAUAGGGUACUCUGGAGAAGAUGUUCCUAAAGAAGCUCCUCUGAAUUUUCGACUCUUGCAUAUCAGAGAUGCUAAAUCUGCAGUAUUUGUGUGGGAACCUGUUUCACCUGAUUCUUUAUAUGGUCACUUUAGAGGAUACAAGAUUCAAACAUGGACUUCUGAAGAAACUGAGGAUCAUUUAAGAGAAGUUAUUGUACCUCGCAAUGUUACUGAGGCCUUAGUUGAUAUAUUUAGACCGUAUUCAAGGAAUAUUGUAAGAGUUUGUGCUUUCAAUGAUGUUUAUAAUGGACCUCCAUCAGAUUCCAUUGAUUUUCUUACACCCGAAGGAACACCUGGACCAGUAUCAUAUUUUGAAGCUAUACCAAUGGGAGCUAGUGCCUUAUACUUAAUCUGGAAGCGCCCUAUGGAACCCAAUGGCAAUCUAACAGGCUAUAGAAUAUAUUAUCGUAAAGUUGAUGGAACUUCUUUGGGACCCAUCCUAGAACGGCAACCUGCUAUUACCGAUCCUAGAGAGACAAGAGCUAAACUUGCUGGUUUAAAGCCAGAUACAAAGUAUCGAGUUAUAAUCCAUGCUACAACCAAAGCUGGGCAAGGAGAUCCAUAUUACAUUGAAAUUAAAACUAAUGCUCAGUCAGCUGAAAAUGCACCAGACACCCCAAAUUUUGUAUGGGCACAUCUACCCGGUGAACAAGGCAAAGCGGGCGUUUCAGUUACAUGGGUUCCAGCGGUAGAUGGACAUCCUGGCAGUUAUUUUUAUGUACAGUUUCGACGAAAAGGUGAGGGUCAUUGGGAUCAAACUGCGAUUGAAGAAAGUGAUGAUUAUGUUAUUGUGAAAGGCCUUGACUUUGGUACUCUAUAUGAAAUGCGCGUGGUUGCUGUUGAUGGACGCUUUGAAACACCUAGUAGAAUUGAAGAAAUUGAAACUGGUGGAUUAGUUUUAGCUGCUCCUGAAGGACCUGAAAAUAUUGCUACUGCUGCAUGGUUCAUAGGAAUGCUUUGUGCUAUAGCUCUUCUUCUAUUAUUAUUGAUUCUUGUUUGCUUAGUUAAACGAAAUCGUGGUGGUAAAUAUUCUGUGCAUGAAAAAGAAGUUGCCCAGGGCAGGGAUCUCGAUUUCCCAGAUGAUGGAGGAUUUAAUGAGUAUAGUAAACCAAUUGAAACACAUGCAGUUCCACGAGGCAGUAGAACUUCCUUAACUAGUAGUUAUAAAGGUCAAGAAAGUGAUACAGAUAGCAUGGCAGAUUAUGGUGAAGGAGAAAUGGGAAAAUUUGGUGAAGAUGGUUCAUUUAUUGGACAAUACAUAGAGAAAGAUAAAAAAGGAGGUGCACCAACUUCUCCCUCUGCUUUAGCUACUUUUGUAUGAGCCUUCAAGGUUUGUUACGAACUCUAUGAAGUUUAAAAAAGAUGGUUUUAAUUUUUUGAAACUGGUGAAAGCAAUUUCUUGAAUUUUUAUCAUGCAAAAGAAACUAUCAUUGAAAAAGACAUUCACAUUGUCGUCUUUUAAAGCAUCCAUCACAGCAAAUCAACAAAUUCAUUCCAAAGAACUAUCAAGAUUAUAAUCAUGAAGUAAAGAAUAGCUCAAUAAUGUUUAAACUUUGGAAUGUGAAUGAAUUACUUGGAAUUUGUGUUUUGCAGAUAUGUUUUAAUUAUGAACUUGUGAAUACAAUAUUUUAUAUAUAAUGGCUGAUGUAAUCGCAUUUUUUAUUUUUUAAAUAAGUGUUUUAUUUGAUGUUAAAAUCAUUGUAGUUAAAGGUUAUAUUAUAUGUAUUUCAGAUGACUGUCAGGCUUGAGUGAUAUUUUCAGUUUCAUAUAUAUGUUGAUGUUUUCUCUAUGGUGUUUGUUAUAGUUAUCAUUUGUUGAUAAAAUAAUAUUUUUAAAACGAUUUCAAAUAGAAGCAGUUAACUUGAAGCAUAUUUAUAUUUUUAUAAAGUUAUUAUAAAAGUAUUAAUUGCAAUUGUCUGUUUUGUGUUGAUUUAAAUUAUCAUACUUCCUCGCAUAAUUUCAAUAUCCGAUAUAAAUUAACUCUUGAAGGUUUUGCAUUUGAAUGUUAUAAUGGUCAGUAAAUGGUUCUAAAAUAUUCAAGUCCAUAGUGAUUUUUUUAGCUCUCUUUUAAUUGCAAGUUUUUUAAAAAUAAAAUUGUAUAAAUAUUCUUUUUAAUAUAACAUUAAAAAAUUAUGCGAGUAAAUACUUUUCUUAUAUGGUUGUUGUUUGCAAUGUACCUUUUUGUUAAAGAUGCAAUGAAUAAGAUUUACUCAAUAUCUUUUUCACUUUGUAUAACUUCAGUUUUGUGAUUUUUUAUUUGUUAUAUAUGUUUUGUUGGUUAAAUUCAUUCCGGUUUUUAAAAAUGUUCCAUUACUGCCAUUCAUGAGAGAGCAUUUAUUUCUUUGAUCUUUUGAUAUAACUUUUAGAAGAUUUCUAUAUUUUAUUAUCAUCUAGUAUUAGAACUAAUCCAAUUCAAAUUAUAGUCUCUUCGUAUGGAUGUAUUAAUUUUUAUACUGUUAAUAUGCUUUAUUUUUUUACCUCAGAACUUAUACAGCUAUUUUAGGAAUGACAAAGUAUUUUUAAUGCAAUCUUUUCCAUUUUUGCAUCACAAUUAUUACGAUGCACUCGUAUUUUUUAGUGCAGCUAUCACAGUGAUAGUUACCUUAUAGAAUUAUUGUUCUCUCUGGAGUUAGGCAUUAAAUGUAUCUCAGAGAGAUUAUUUGCUCAGAGAAUCUGUUUCAGUUUUUGGUUGUGUACUUGUGUGAUAAAUAUCUUGAUGAUUUCAUUUCAUCUGGUAUCUACAGAUUUUUUUCGCCAUUUUUUUUUUUUUUUUCAUUGU